AUCAAGAAGCGCAUAGAAUGAUUUUUCUAUACAGAUAACUUGAGGAAAGUUUUAUCGAUAGUUUUAAGAUCUACUGCAUUGAUUGUUUUGUCGCUGUAACAGCUAAUUGCAACGGAUUUAGUGUUUAAUUUUAAUUUCCCGCUUCAUCCGAUCUCAGCUCGCUGUUUUCGUCAAUAUGAUGGGGCGGGGUGGUAUUUUGAUUUGGUUUUUGGUUCUAACCGUCGCUAUUCUGAUCGCAUCUUAUAUAAAACCGUUUGACCACAGUAAGUAAAUCGGUGUCAUGAUGCGAACAAUUCUUCGAACGGUUUUCUUGCAAAGUUUUCUAACUGCAACUAGCCGUUCUCGUGUUGCAGCUUCUGGUUUAUGUGUCAAAAAUAGCAGCGUUGUCUGUAAACGCUGUACUGGUUAUUAAAUUUUGAAAAUUUAUUUUGUAGUUUCUAGAUGGUUCACGUCGGAAAAAUUGGUGAACAUAGAUGUGAAAAGGCUGAAGGAGAUGAUGAAAUCAAACGACCUUAAAUUGAUAGAUGUCCGAGAACCAGACGAGUUGGAGGAAGCCGGGAAGAUCCCUUUUGCUGUUAAUAUUCCACUCGGUGAAGUCGAGGAUGCCUUCAAACUGGACGAGAAAAGCUUCUUAGAGAAGUACAAGAUCCACAAACCGAAUGUGGCGGACAAAAAUGUAGUUUUCAGUUGUAGGAGUGGUGUCAGAAGUAUGCGCGCUCUCAAAAUCGUUCAGGAUUUGGGUUAUGAGAAGUAAGCCCUGGGUGCGGAUGUAUAUGUAUGAAUAAUUUUUAGUCCUCUCAAUCUUGUUGGCGGAUACAAUGCAUGGUCCAAAGAAAAUGCAGAAUAGGAUGUUAUUUGCUACAGUACUUCUGUUUACCAAAUACCAAAUAUGUUACAAUGUACAACAAUAAGAUCGUAAUGUAUAUUUAUUUACAGUGAAAACAGCUUGGAGUAUUUUCAGGACGUUUUUUAGUUUGCAACAUACCAUUCUAUUGUUUUUGUGAAUAUUUUGUUUUUAGUUUCUCACAAAAGAAUUGUUUUUUCUGUAUAAUUUUGUAUGUUGUUAAAAGUUGCUCUAAGGUAACAACAUUUGACUUAGCUUUUGCACUGGGAUGUGUCGUUAUUUUUACAAAAUUUCCUCAGAAACAAUUGUAAAUUUGGCAUCCAAAGAUUGGUUUUGUUUAAUCUAAUCUUUGAAUAAAUUUUAAAAAAGUUUUCAAGCUAACAGUCA